AUGGAAACUGUGUAUGCUUCCAAUUGCCAUACUACUAGAAGAAAUCUUUGGAACAACCUCUCCCAAAUUUUAUCUGAUCAUGCUUUGCUUUGGUGCAUUGUUGGGGACUUCAAUGCCAUUCAAGGAGCUCAUGAGCAUCAAGGCAGCCACAAUCCUAAUAGAGUUCACAUGAUGGAUUUUUCAAAUUGGUCCAAUGGAAAUAAUCUAUUAGACAUUCCUUCUAAAGGAAAUUAUUUCACUUGGUCCAAUGGUAAGGUGGGAAGAGAUUUCAUUCAAAGAAGAUUGGACAGAUCUUUUUGCAAUCAAUUAUGGAUUUCUAGUGCCACCAUUAUGAAUGUUUCCACUCUGAAUAGGCUUAAAUCUGACCACUUUCCUCUUCUGCUGGAGUUCAGCUUCUCACACGUUCAGCAUAUCUCCAACUUCAGAUUCCUUGGGAUGUGGAUUUUGCAUGACAGUUGUGAAGCCCUCGUCAAGAAAGUCUGGUCCACUCAGGUCAUUGGUUGCCCAAUGCAUAUUCUAACUCAGAAAUUAAAAAUCAUAAAGUCUGAGCUAAAAACUUGGAACAAGCAGGAGUUAACUGCUCAAAAGAACCUGGAGAAACUCCUCAUCAUGGAAGAAUCUUUCUGGAAAGACAAUGCAAAGAUCAAAUGGCAUUUGGAGGGAGAUAGAAAUACAUCAUAUUUUCAUAAAUGUGCUAAGAUCAGACAGGCAAAGAACACCAUAACCCACAUUAGAACCAAUGAUGGAAUGUUACAUGAUCCUGAUGCUAUGGCAGCUCAUGCUGUCAAUUAUUUCACUAAUCUUUUUUGUUUUGCAGGUGAUCAAAUCAAUGACUUCUCCAUGGUAGAUGAGGUCAUCCCUGACCUGGUGAAUGCUGACAUGAACAGAUUCCUAACCAGUAUCCCUUCUGAAGAGGAAAUUAAAAAUGCGGUUUUCAAGUUGAACAAGGAUGGUGCCCCUGGUCCAGAUGGUUUUGGAGGGAUAUUCUACCACACCUAUUGGAGUAUCAUAAAGAAAGAGGUUAUUGAUGCGGUAAUUCAGUUUUUCAAAACAGGUUGGAUAUUGCCUAAGUAUAACUCCAACAAUAUUAUUCUUCUGCCUAAGCACAAGGAAGCUGACACUAUGGAGUCUUUCAGAACAAUCGCCCUUGCCAACUUCAAAUUCAAAAUUCUAUCCAAGAUCUUGAGUGAUAGGCUUGCAACUCUCAUGCCCUCACUUAUUUCUGUUGAGCAACGUGGAUUCAUAAAAGGCAGAUGUAUAAAAGACUGUAUCUGCACUGCAUCUGAAGCUAUCAACCAUCUUCACAACAAAGCUUUUGGUGGUAACAUGGCCCUAAAAGUGGACAUUACAAAGGCCUUUGAUACUAUUAAUUGGAACUUCCUGCUGCAUGUUCUUCGUAGUUAUGGUUUCAAUCAUGUUUUUUGCAGCUGGAUCAAAAGUAUUCUACAUUCUGCUUACCUAUCAAUUUCCUUUAAUAGAGCUUCCAAAGGGUUCUUCAAUUGUAAGAGAGGGGUGAGGCAGGGUGACCCCGUCUCUCCUCUUCUUUUCUGUCUUUCCCAAGACGUUCUUAGCAGGAGUAUUACCAAGCUUAUCACUAUUGGGAACCUCAAGCUUAUCAAAACCAGCAACAACUUAGUUAUUCCUUCUCAUGUCAUGUACGCGGAUGACAUCCUCAUUUUCUGCAAAGCUUCGAUCUCUAAUGUCAAUUCUUUAACUUCUCUUUUCACAAGAUAUUAUAAGAUUUCUGACCAAUUUGUGAAUAGCUCCAAAUCUUCUCUUUUUCCUAGCUGCAUCAGCAACUCCAAGAUUCAAAAUAUUCUUAACAAAACUGGUUUUUCUAAAGGCUCUCUCCCUUUUAUGUAUCUCGGUGUGCCCUUGUUUAAAGGUAAGCCCAAGACAAUUCAUUUGAGACCGAUUGCGGAUAGGAUUUUGGCCAAAAUGGCAGGGUGGAAAGGUUCGACACUGUCUAUGGCGGGAAGAGUUUGCUUGGUUAAAUCUAUUAUUGAAGGGAUGCUGAAUCACACUAUUGCAAUUUAUGAUUGGCCUGUAGCUAUUUUGAAGGAGAUUGAGAAAGCAGCGAGAAAUUUCAUUUGGUCUGGCUCCACGGUCAAGAGAAAAAUCUGUGUUGCUGCUUGGAAUAAAAUUUGCAGACCUAAGCUUCAUGGAGGUUUAGGGAUAAGAUCUCUUUUAAGAAUAAAUGAAGAUUCUAAUCUUCGGUUGGCCUGGGAUAUUAGAAAUAGUGUAGAGCAGUGGGCUGUCAUCCUCAUAGCCAGGGUUCUUAAAGGUUUUGGAACGAUAAACUACCACAUUUUCUCUUCAAUUUGGUCAUCUAUUAAAGCUGAGUGGCCUACUUUGAUUCGGAACUGCGCUUGGAUAUUGGGCAAUGGUUCGAACAUCAAUUUUUGGCUAGAUAACUGGUGCGGGAAUCCGCUGGUCCUGAGCACGUCUGUGGAAUUUCUAAACCUUCACGACAUCUCCCUCAAGUCUAAGGUCAGAGAUUUUAUUCAUGACAGCUCUUGGAACAUUCCUUUAAUUUGGUCAGAUUUGUUCCCUUUUUUAGAGCAUAAACUCAACCCAAAUCUUCUCAGUAACUUGGAGGUGGAAGACAUUUGCAUAUGGCCUCACUGUACAUCUGGAAUUUUAACCCUUCAAGAGGCUUAUAAAUUCAAAAACCCUUCUGCACCUAUAGUCUGGACCAAGGCUGUUUGGAAUAAGGACAUUCCUCCUUCAAAAUCUAUCUUCGUUUGGAAGCUGAUGAUGAAUAAACUUGCCACUGAUGAUAAUCUGACUAUAAGAGGAUGUAAUAUUGUUUCUAUUUGCAGCUUAUGCAGAUCCUCUUUGGAAACAGCAUAA